AUGAAUGAACCUCUUGAGACUCUCUAUAUUAACAACUUAAACGAAAAGGUUUCGAUUAACACAUUAGAAAAUGCAUUACGUUCAAAUUUCGAAAAAUAUGGAACUAUUAUUCAAAUUACAGCUCACAAGAGCUUAAAGAGAAAGGGUCAAGCAUUUAUAACUUUUAACAAUAUAGAAGCAUCUAAAGAGGCACUUACAAGAUUGCAGGGCCAUAAGCUAUUUGAUAAGGUAUUGAAGAUCGAUUUUGCUAAAUCUAAUUCAGAUAAUUAUUUCACAGACAUUAAACAAGAAUCUGUCGAAUCUAGGAAGAGACAAAGAAUAGAGAAGAGGGCUAAGGAAGAUGAAAGACCGAAAAAGGUCGUCAAAAUAAAAGACUGGCAGUCUUUACCAUCUCAUAACAUUUUGCUUGCCCAAAACUUGAAGCCAGGUGCUAAUAUUGAAGACUUAAACGCAUUCUUCGAAGAAUUUCAAGGUUUCAUUAACGCCAGAUUUGUUAAAGUUCGAAACUUAGCUUUUAUCGAAUUCGACAAUGAAAACUUGUCUACGGAGUGUUUAAAAGCUAUCCAAUCGAGUAAAUUUGAAGAAAUCUUCGGUGCAGAGGCAGUGAUGACUUACGCUAAAAAAUAA